CUCCUCCUCCGUUCCCCAAUUCGCUAGGUCUAGCAAGCAAGCGAGCGGCCGAGCCGGCGGAUGCGAGACGACGCCGUUCCGCGCGCGCGAAACUGCCAGUGUUCCCAUCCAAAAGCUCGUCCCCGCCGCCCGAAAAUCUCCCGCCUCCCGCAGAUGGCGCCGGUUCAGACCGCGUCCACGCGCUCCAAACAUUUCCACCGGCCCCUACCCGCCACUUCCCUCCAGUUCCGAAACCCCGGCACCCCGCCUGGCCGCUUCUCCCCGCGCCCCUUGCGUAUUUUACCGACUCCAGAGCCAGCGCCCAGCCCAAGCUUCUCAGUCUCUCGGCACCUAUCUCCCUCUCCGGCUCUCUGCCUCUCACGGAAUUUCGGAGGGUGAUAUCGGAGGGAGAGGAGUGGAGUAGAAACGGGCGUGCUCGUCUCGUGAGCGGAGAUGGAGAGCCUGAGGAGGUUCCUGAACCCGCUGGUGCUCAACCUCCAGAAGAUGGAGCUGGAGCUCACCUGCCCCGUCUGCCUGAAGUUGCUCAGCGCGCCUACAAUGCUACCUUGCUACCACACAUCGUGCAGCAAGUGUGCCACUACACCGACUACGAAUGGUUACAGCUGUGCCAUCUGCAAAUCAGCCUAUCGUUCUCAAGAUUUAAGGCCGGCCUCUCACCUUGAGGCAAUAGUAAGCAUUCACAGGAGGCUCAGCUCUACAGUCAGCACCAUGGUUCAACAGCAGGAUACUCAAGUUCACAUUCCUGUUACAAAGACAGCAUCUCAAGGAACACCAGAAUCAGGAAACAGAAGUGGGGUAGACAAAUCUGACCAGAUGAAAUCUUUCAACCCCUUUGCUUCAAAGCUAGUAUAUAACCAAUCGACUGGACCUGCAUUUGGGAAUAUGGAUGGUGUUCAAGCAAGAGAUCCUGCUUUUGAGAACAAAGCUGCUGAUGCAGCUGUUGCGCCAGCAGUUUUUGUACAAGGAGGAUCCUCUGGGUCACAAUCUUCUGACGGACCUGGGGAUUUGGAUUGUGACAGCAAUGACCUUGAAGGAGAACUGAUAGCAAGCAGAUCACCUCUUCAAGCUGCAUUAAAAAGGGAGCCAAAUGGAAUGGGUGGCCAUACCAGAGAGUUGAAGAGGCAAAAAUCCAUUGAUCAAGGAGAAAGACAACCAACCAUGUCUGGUGCUUGGAAAUGUGAAUUUUGUCACUCUUUCAAAAUCACUGAGUUUACUGGCCCUUUGUCGCAUUAUUUGCAAGGGGAGCCAUUAGAGGCUGACCAAGCUUGGAAAUCAAAUGUUCUGCAUGUCCAUGAGAAAUGCAUUGAAUGGGCUCCCCAAGCAUUCUUUACCGGUGAUAUUGCAAACAACUUGGAGCCUGAGUUGGCCCGUGCUUCUAAGAUCAAAUGUAGUAUUUGUGGAUUGAAAGGCGCAGCCCUUGGCUGCCUUGUGAAGAGCUGCCGCAAGAGUUAUCAUGUCCCAUGCGCCCACAAGAUCUCAGGCUGCCGAUGGGAUGAAGAAAACUUUGUUAUGCUGUGUCCUUCUCAUUCAUCAAAAAAGUUGCCUUGUGAGAGAUUGAAAUCGAAAAUGAAGACCAAGCUGCAGCAACCGUCUUCUGAUAUGAUACAUGAUAAUCUAAAUUCACCUUCUCCAAUGCAAAGGGAUAAAAUUUGGACCGACUCACCUUUUCUGACUAGUGAAUGGGUGAUAUGUGGAUCGGCCCUCAAUGGUCAUGAAAAGGAAAUCUUGGAUCAGUUUGAGCAUCAAACUGGCAUCACAGUAACUAACAACUGGAGGUCAGAUGUGACACAUGUGAUUGCUAAUACGGAUGAACGUGGGGCAUGUGCUAGGACACUCAAGGUUCUCAUGGCCAUAUUAGCUGGGAAAUGGGUUCUUAGUGUAAAUUGGCUGAAAGCUUGUAUUGAGGCUAGAGAACCAGUCCCAGAAGAGCCCUAUGAGAUCAGUUCUGAUGUUCAUGGCUCCUUUGAUGGCCCUCGCACAGGAAGGCUUCUAACAAUGCAACAGGCACCAAGUCUGUUUGCUGGGUUGACCUUCUAUUUCAGUGGCCAUUUCAUGCCGGCAUACAAGGUUCACCUUGAAGAUUUGAUUGCUGCAGCAGGGGGGUCAAUUUUGGAGAAGACUGGGCUCUCUAGCACGUCCUUAAUUGUUUACAGCAUGGAGCCACCACAAGGAAGCGAUCCAGACACGCUUAAUGAGGCUAUCAAGAAGAGAAUAGCUGAGGCUGAGGAAUUGGCAGCCACCAUUGGCUGCAAAGCUAUUCCUCAUACAUGGCUUCUGGAUUCUAUUGCAUCCUGCACAGUUCAAUUGACUGUGUGACACUGUACCUAGGUUAGAAAUUAGGAUCUACUUUCUAUUUUUUUUCUUUUUUAAAAAGAGCAAAGGAAGUGAUUGACGUGUUGUCUUGUUGAUCCAAAAAUAUCUUCAGAUGCUGUAACAUGAGCGCACAAUUCAAUUCGAAUAAGCUUUUGUAUCUCAUUCAAUGUUACUGUCAGUGUUGUCAUAUUCACAUGUUUCACCUA